UACUGAAGAGUUAGUGAAUUUAGUUGUGGUGAAGCAAUAUGAAAAUGGUUCAAUCUGCCAUAAGGGUGUUCAUAGCAGUUGUCUUUCUUGGUUACAUGAUGAUAUGGGUCAUGAAGGCCACCAACACUUACUAUUUGCAUUGGCUGCCUAAUAUUCAUUCACACAUCAAUUCCACAUUUUUUGGAGAACAAGGUGCGAACAUGCUGGUCUAUACAUUUCCUGUUCUUUUCAUUGCUGCCUUGGCCUGUGCAUACCUUCAUCUGGGGAAGAAAUUUCCUCAUCAGGAAACUGAAAACAGAAAGGUCGAUUCUUGGUUUGGGUGGUGGAGACGACCAGUGCUUGUGAAAGGCCCUCUCGGGAUUGUUCUGUGGAUAGAGAUAUCAUUUUUGGGCAUUUUCUUUGCCUUAUUGAUAUGGUCUUUCUAUUCUUACUUGCAUGAUUUGUUCGCAUAUGCUUCCUUGGAAGCUGCAUACUCAGGAAUUCAACUGUGGGAAGCUAAGUUGGAAAAUGCAGGUUUAUCCCUAGGACUAGUUGGAAAUGUCUGUUUGGCCUUUCUCUUCUUUCCAGUAACAAGAGGAUCAUCAAUUUUGCAGUUUAUAGGCUUGACCUCAGAGGCAAGCAUCAAGUAUCACAUAUGGCUAGGGCAUACUACUUUGGCUAUUUUCACUGCACAUGGUUUAUGCUACCUUGUCUUCUGGGCUAAAACAAAUCAACUGUCACAGAUCCUGAAAUGGGAUAAGUUCCUCGUUUCUAACUUGGGUGGAGAAAUAGCUUUGCUUUUUGGAUUGAUAAUGUGGAUCACAAGCCUAAAUCGCAUAAGGCGAAAUAUUUUUGAGCUCUUCUUCUAUACUCAUUAUCUCUACAUUCUUUUUGUUGUUUUUUAUGUGUUUCAUGUCGGCUUCUCUGAUUCCUGCAUCGUCCUUGCUGGUUUUUACCUCUACGUGAUUGAUCGGUACUUGAGAUUAUUGCAAUCUCAACAGAGAGUUGCUUUAGUCUCAGCUCGCAUUUUGCCUUGUGAUACCUUAGAGCUAAAUUUCUCAAAGAGUCCAGAGUUGAGCUGUGGUCUGAAAAGCAUGGCAUUCAUAAACGUGCCUGAAAUUUCAAAGCUGCAAUGGCAUCCCUUUACAAUCAUAUCCAACACCAACAUGGAACCGGAAAAAUUAACCAUGGUAAUAAAAUGUGAAGGAAAUUGGUGUCAAGAGUUGUAUCAGAUUUUGUCAUCACCUUCACCUGUGGACCGUCUUGAGGUCUCCAUUGAAGGACCUUAUGGUCUUGCGAAUUCAACCGAUUAUAUGAGGCAUGACUUGGUAGUGAUGGUGAGUGGAGGAAGUGGCAUUACCCCUUUCAUCUCUAUCUUCCGCGAAAUGCUAUUUAUAGCCAAUACAACGAACGUCAAAACGCCGAGGAUUCUCCUCGUGUGCACUUUCAAGAAAUCUAUAAACCUCACCAUGUUAGACCUUCUACUCCCAGUUUCAGGCACCACACCUGACCUCUCUCUUUUGCAGUUAGAAAUUGAAGCCUACAUAACCAGUGAAAAGGAGCUUGAACCAGAGAACCAAAAACUCAGGACGAUUUGGUUCAAGCCUAAUGCAUCCGAUGUGCCUGUUUCUGCAGUUCUAGGUCCAAAUGGCUGGCUCUGGCUUGCUGCAAUAAUUUCUACUUCUUUUAUAGUCUUCCUUAUCCUAAUCGGCAUCCUCACACGAUACUAUAUGUACCCGAUUGACCAUAAUACUAACAUGAUGUACUCAAUGCCUGCAAGAUCUGCUUUAAACAUGCUGUUUAUAAGUGUUUCCAUAGUAAUGACUGCUUCUGCAGCAUUUGUUUGGAACAAGAAACACAAUGCUAAGGAAAUGAAACAGAUUCAGAACAUUGACACGCCAACACCUGGAAUGUCCCCUGUGUGUUUACAAUUCCACGAUACUGAGAGAGAAUUGGAAAACCUGCCUUAUCAAUCUCUUCUCCAAGCCACCAGUGUGCACCUUGGUCAAAGGCCAGAUUUCAAAAAAAUAUUAUUGGAGUGCAAAGGAGACUGUGUGGGAGUUCUUGUAAGUGGACCAAAACAGAUGAGGCAAGAAGUGGCUGCAAUCUGUUCGUCCAGUUCAGUGCAAAACCUACAUUUCGAGGCUAUUAGCUUUAGCUGGUGACGAAACAUGACAUAGCUUGCAUUUUCAGAUUCAAAAAUUGCUAUGAUGGUUUCUA